GCUCGCCAAAUUCCCGGACACGCGGCUGGGGAAACUGCUGGAGUGCCGCUCGGAAGAGGACAUCCUGCAGGUCGGCGAGCGCGCCCAACACGGGGAGGGCCCGCGCGGCACAGCUUUGUCGUUCGGAACUUAUAGUUAGUUACUUUGUGAGUCUUGAAAGUAAGUAGUCGGUAAGCGGCCGCUUUCGGGAAAUGAAUUUCGACCGCACUGGAAAAAGUCCAACAACGCUGUCCUUCCUUUCGGGCUUUGUCUUAUUCCAACCGUUGAAAAAUAUUCCUUUUCUCAUUCCAAGUGAACAUUCUCAUUUAUGUUGAAAUAAUUGCUUGAAUUCUUGACUUGAGCCAACUUUCCAAAAACGUCCAGGUUAAACCGAAAGGAGGAUUCGCAUUACGUCAAUUUAAUGAUCUUCAUUUAGGACGACUUCAAAUAAGUGCUUAACGAAGGAGUUUGCAUUUUCGGCUUGCACCAAAUGAAUUCUUUACUUGAGUCAAAGCUAAGUGGUGAGCUGCGACCGAUUGCUAUCACAACCAUAAAUGGUUAACUUUGUCCAACGUUGACAUUUUUCAGCGCAUGAACGAGCUAAAUGUAACUUUUUAAACCGAACGAUUGAAUUUGUAUUUUAAUACAACGUCAUUGAAUGAAUCAAUCAUUUUAUUUUGAAAAAUGCCAAAUCUAAUCUUUCGUCCUUCAAACUAUUUGAUUUUCUAUCAAUGACAGUGACAAUCCGUACCUCCGCUUUGAUCGGUGUUUUUUUGUUCGGUUUACACCUCCACGUCAGGACACAGUGUGAGUACUCGUGGCCCCCGUGCGCCCCCUGCAGGUGUGCGACGACUACGACGUGCAGCGGAAGGAAUUUUACUUCGACAGGAAUCCCGGCGUGUUCCCGUACGUGCUGCACUUCUACCACACGGGAAAACUUCACGUCACGGACGAGCUCUGCGUCUUCUGCUUCAGUCAGGAGAUGGAGUACUGGGGCAUCGGCGACUUCUUCCUGGACUCGUGCUGCAGUUUUCGUUACCACGAGCGCAAACUGGGAAGCCGCCGCCGGGCCAGCUGGGACGACGACGACGACGGCGACGGCGACGACGACGACGACAUCGGCGGCGACCGCGCCGAAGACGACGACAUACGGAGACUGCGCACGUGGGGCCAAAAGGAGGGCGCCGGCGCCGCCUGUUGGUCAACUCGUGCUGAUGCUCUUCAUCCUCUUCCUCCUCUACAUCCUCCUUUCCUAUGCUUCCUCCUCCUUUCACUUUUUCUUCAUUCUUCUCCUUUCGCCUCUUCUUUUCCUUCUCAUCUUUCUCCUCCAUCGCUUCCUCUUCAUCUUGUCUUCUCCCUCUUUCUCCUCAUCUCUUCAUUGUCGUCAUCCACCUCCCUCGCCCUCGUCUUUUCGCAGGGAGCUGCAGCACUUCGCCGACGUCCGGUGCGGCGGCGUGCGUAAGCGUCUGUGGCUGACGCUGGAGAAUCCGGGCUACUCGCUUCCCAGCAAGUUGUUCAGCGCGUUGUCCGUCGGCGUCGUGCUCGCGUCCAUCGCCGCCAUGUGCGUCAAAAGCAUUCCCGAAUAUCAGGUACGCACGCACACGCCCAAAAACAAGCAACACGCACAUUUGAAAGCACAAGUUCACACACACUACAUAAAAAGACGCAUUCACUUUUUUGUGACAUGAAAACUGACUCGACGUUUCCUGGUUUAGGUCAAUUAGAAUGACCAAAAUGAUUUCCGUUUGCUAAAUGCCAGAAUAAGGAGAAGGAUUUCUUUUUAUUUUUUUCCCCAAGACAACAUUUCACGACUUUCUUCAAAGUCAGAAGUGGAUCACAUCACAUCUCAUGAGGAUUUGCCAUCAUUGCCUUCAAACGGUCCGACUGACUGGAGUCAAACGUUUUGGAUCUCCUUCCACGAGCUUCUCACAAUCGUUGCCAGGAAUUUCGUCCCGUCCCUUGUGACAUACCUGCUGCAAGCGAGCCAAGUUUGUAGGCCGCCUCGCUGGCACAUGCCUCUUCAGGUCUGCCCAUCGAUUUUCAAUAAGACUGAGCUCAGGACUUUGGGAUCAGGGCCACUCCGAAACAUUGACUUUGUUAUACUUAAGCCACUUUGUAAGCCGUUUGGCAGUCCGCUCGGGGUCAUCGUCCAUUUGUUCGACCCGUUUGCACCCGAGCGCUCAAACGUCCUGGCUGAAGUCUUGAGAUGUUGCUUCGCUUUUUCCACGUCGUGUUCUGUCCUCAUGAUGCCAUCUAUUUGUCAAGUGCACCGUUCCCUCCUGCAGCAAAACGACCCCCGACUGUAUUUCACAGUUGGGAUGGUGUUCUCGGGCUCGCAAGCUUCCCUCUUUUCCCUCCCAAGGUCACGAUGCUCAUUACGGCCAAAGGGGUCAGUUUGAGUUUGGUCAGACCACGUCUCCAAAAUGAAGGUCUUCGUCCCUGUUCGCAUUUGCAAAGUGCGGUCAGUUUUGUUUUGGAGUAAUGGCUUCUUCCCGGCCGAUUGGCCUUUCAGCCCAUGUGGGCGCAGCGCUCGUCUCACUGCGGAUUAAGACACACUCUUCACGCCAGCAUCUUCACAAGGUCUUUUGCUUUUGCUCGUGGCGUGAUGUGCACAUUUGGGACCAAAGCACGUUCAUCUCGGGGGCACACGAGCCGUCUCCUUCCCGAGCGGGAUUAUGGCUGGACAGUUCCUAUUUCCUCUUUAAACUUGCGUAUAAUGGUUUACAUGGCGAACAUGGCACCUUCGGGCGUCUGGAAAAUGCACCCAGGGAUGAACCAGGCUUGAGCAAGUCCACAAUUCUCGGCUGAUUUCUUUGGACUUCCCACAAAGAAGCAGUGUUUCGGUGCUUCGGUAUUUCAGGUGUGCCGAGAUCAAGUGUGUCUUCAAUGCUCUCAGUAAACCUAUCAGAAGCUUCCAAAGACAUGUAAACUUCUGAUUUUGAGGAAAGUCAUGAAAAAUUGUUUCCCGACAUUUAGCACGUGGAAAUAGUUUUGGUAAUCCUAAUCGACCUAAAGCAGGAAAGGUUUCGUCUCAUUUCAUGUCAGACAAUGCAUAUUUGUCUUUUUAUAACGAUUCCUUCUGGUUUCAAAUGUUCAUACAAAGUUUACGAUAAUGCGUACGAUGUUUUCGACUAAGUUGCUAUGUUGAAAUGUCGCGUCGCGUUUACGAUAUUUGCGACACGACGCGGCCCGGCGCCCGGUGGGUCGUUUGCCACGUGUGCCCUGAGCGCCGUUGGCGUUGCAGACGUUCGACCGCGACGGGAAGUCGACGGACGAGCCGAGCGCCGACGCCGUGGAAGCGCUCAGCGGCUGCUGGUUC